UCGGCGAGAAAAGGGACGCUUGUAUUGAGGCUGAGAUAUUUUCUCCCGUUUGCCGUCUCUUAGAGACUCUAAGAGACUGGAAAGCAAGCCCCCCCUGUACACCCAAUUUAUUAGCAUUAAGUGUCAACUUAUAGAAAACGGACAUUAAAAACUGGCUGUGUGCAGAUUGCAGGCACCAUGUCUAUGUCAGGGGCUGAAUACUUGGCCUCCAUCUAUGGCACAGAGAAGGAUAAGGUAAACUGCUCAUUUUACAUCAAGACUGGAGCUUGCCGUCAUAGUGAAAGAUGUUCCAGAAAACACAACAAACCACAGUACAGCCAAACAGUGGUGAUGCAGAACAUGUAUGUGAGCCAGCAGAACUCGGCCAAGUCAGCUGAUGGAUCUCAUUUGGCCAACAUGAGUGACCAUGAGAUCCAGGAACAGUUUGAGUAUUUCUUUGAGGACGUGUUCUUCGAAUGUGAGGACAAGUAUGGAGAAAUUGAGGAGAUGUGCGUGUGCGAUAAUCAAUGUGACCACCUGAGAGGCAAUGUGUACAUCAAGUUCCGGCGGGAGGAAGAUGCAGUUAAGGCAGCAGAGGACCUCAACAACCGCUGGUACAUGUUCCGACCUAUUUACUGUGACCUGUGUCCUGUGGCUGAUUUCCGUGAGGCCUGUUGCCGCCAGUUUGAAAUGGGCCAAUGUGGUAAGGGUGGAUUCUGCAACUUCUGGCAUGUCAAGCCCAUUUCGCACCACCUCAAGAACUUGUUGGCACGUUCCUCCAGGUCCCGUUAUAGGUACCGGUCCAGGUCACGCUCCAGGUCUCGUGACAGGCAUGACAAGCAUGGCCCUGAGAAACACAGGAGGAGGUCUCGCUCACGCUCUCGUGAUCGUGACCGUCGAGACCGCAGAGGCAGAUAUUGAGGGCCCUCUAGUGAUGUCUUGUAAUAUUCAUACUUUUGUUUGCCUCUAUUUUUUUCUUUCUUUUUCUUUUUCAUUUUUCUUAUCUUUCCUUCUUUCUUAUUUCAAGUACUUUCUACAGUAUUGGAGUUUAAGGAUAGUUUUUUUUUACCAUUAUUAUUAUUUCUUGUUUUGGAACUGCUGUUUCUUAGGGGGCAAGAGAAUAAAGUAAACCUUCAGCAAUUUUAAAAUGCCAGUUUCAUUUCAUCGUUGAUCGUGUCUUGAUUGUCUCAAGAUGGAGACUUACAUAAUCAUGAUAGUAUGAGUCACUGGACGCAAGGCUAAUAUUCCUGUCAGAGUCAGAGACACUUGUUUUAUAUGGAACCUUUUUUCACAUGUGUAGAACCUAAAGAUAUACAAUGAAGACUUUUUGUAUUAUAAGUUUAGAAGGUAGGAUUGUGUAGAGAGUAUAAAGUGAUGUUGAAGUACAGAACAAUAGUACAAUGGAUCCUGAAUUUCCAGUGGGGAUUUUAUCGUGGCUUUUUUUUUCAUUGCUUGGCUCUUCAUUUUAAUAUAAAUAUCAAUAAGUGUAUUUUAUCAAUGUUAGACUCUUCAUAAUUUAACACAAAAACAAAAUGCCAAAUUACUUAGCUGACACAGAGAAAUUUUGUUUUCUGCUGUUUGGCUAGCAAUUUUUUAACAGGAAUUGUCUUUUAUAAUUGUUAUUAUUUUUUGUUUCUUGAUAUUCUGAAUACUACCACUACUACUAAUAAAGAGAAUAAAAAUGGGAGUCAGAGAAGCCUAGCUAACCUUGAGGGAUCCUUGCUUCUUUCGGGAAAACACAAGACAGUGGUAUGUUUGGCUACCAUUAACUUAUCAAUGCAUAUUCCUCCAUUCUUAAACCUAGAAAUAUGCAAAGGUUACAGUGCACAGAAUAGCCUUGGCAUACAGUGCUUUGUGUGACUGUUUGUUUUAAAGAUGAUAUCUAGAGUCUGCUAGAAUAAUAAUCUUCGAAAAUUUUAACUGGAUUUUUUUUUUUUCCGGAAAAUACUAAUGAAGAAAAAGAAGAAAAAAAAAAAA